CUGUAGAAUUGAUAAUGGUUACAUUUUAGACAUAUCCCAAUAUGACAGUCACAUUGACACUUUUGUAAGAGUGUUGUGCUUAAACCAAAGCCAACAAACAAAAACUGUGAAAGAAUCAGUUACACCAAUUUGGAAAGAAACUCUGGUUUUAUCAGACAUUAGAUUGUAUACAUCCCAAAUCUUUAGUCAAGAAAAUCCUCCAACGAUAACUGUGGAACUUUGGAAUCAGUCAGAGCAGCCCCCAAGUAUGAUUGGAGUGGAAUUGGUUAAACCAUUGUGUAGAAACCAGAAUCAAGCUGAACUGCAUUGGUUGAAAAUAGGGAAUAAAGCUCAAAUUUUGUCAGUUUUUGAGAUUGUUCAAAUAAAUGCAGAAACUGAUGAUUUAUCAAGUGCAUUAAAUAACUAUCAUCACGAUAUGGAUCCUGAUACAAUAUCUUAUAGAUUAGAGGUAGCAUUUUGGGGGAUUAGACCAGUGGAUGUUUCAGGGUUCAAUCAGAAUAUUUCUCAGGCUCAGGUAAAAAUACAAUGUUCUGAUGGUCAAGUGAAGUCUAGUAUUAUAACUCAAACCAAAACAUCUCUUAAUUUUCAACAUGACUCACUGAUCAUUCCGUUGUCAUUACCUCGUGUGGAUUAUUUCUCUCCCCCAUUGACACUGGAGUUCACCUCUGACAACUUUAGGGGAUGUACAAUUGAAAGAAAUAUAAAUCAAUACAAGUACGAUUUACCGACAAAAAUAAAGUGGGAAGCAUUAAAUGUCCAACGAAAAUCAUUCAUUGAUCAAGCGGAAUCUAGACAUUUUUCUUGUCGAGAGUCUGAAUUAGAUUCAACCCCACUAUUGGAAAUAGAGCCUAGGAGAAGAUCAAUUUCUGGUGAAAAUAUUGGUUCUGGUAUCAAGUUUACUUUGAAAAAAUGUUUUGAUAGUGUCUACUCUAACUUUUCAAAAGUAGUGAGCAGAAUUAGAUUAUCUAAUGUGCAUGUUAAACAUAAGACUGAGGAAGAAGAAUACGACUGGUGGUUAGCAUAUUUCUCUGGAGAUAUAAAAGUUUAUGACAAUGAACUAGAAAACCAAGAAGAAUUCAGUGGGUUUAAUGACGUCCUGAAAACAUUUAUGAUAAAGAAGCAGAAAGAAGCAAUAAUCAGGGUCAAAACUAUGAUUUGCUUAUAUAAAUGGCCUUCUGAUCAAUGUCUGGUAGCAUUUGAUGGUCAUGGCCCUGACAACGGAGUUCUUACAGUGAACGACCUCAGGGAUCAAGUUAAACUUUUAAUCCGGGUGUACUUUAUAAGAGCUUACGAUCUACAUCCUAGCGAUCCAAAUGGGUUGGCAGAUCCAUUUAUUGAGAUAAAAACAAAUUCAAACUGUAUCUCUGAUAAAUCAAAUUACAUUGCAAAACAGUUAGAUCCUGUUUUUGGAAGAUGUUUGGAAAUACCUGCAACACUGCCUACUGACUCAAUUCUUACUAUUCGUGUAAUGGAUUGGGAUAUGUUAACUGCUUCUGAUCUUAUUGGAGAAACGACAAUAGACAUUGAAAAUAGAUUCUAUAGCAAACACAGAGCUACUUGUGGGUUGCCCAAAGUUUAUUCCAAAAGUGGACUCAACUCAUGGAGAGAUGUUGAUAAGCCCACUGAUAUUUUACAAAAUUUGUGCCAUACUUACAACCUUCCACCUCCUAUGUACUGUGAAAAAAGUGUCUUGAUCGGAUCAAAGGAAUUCAUAUUGGAUAAGUCUACAAAGUAUAAAGAAGAUAUUGAUGAAAAUUUAGCUUUAUUAGUUCUCAACAAAUGGAGUGAAAUUCCAGUUGUUGGGCGUCCUCUGGUUCCUCAACAUGUGGAAACACGUGCUUUGUUUGUGAAAGACAAAACAGGACUAGAAAGAGGAAAAUUGGAACUUUGGGUUGAUUUAUUUGAUCGCUCCUCAGGGGAGGUUCCCCAUCCUGUUGACAUAAAGCCACGGAAAUCUCAAGAGUAUGAGUUGAGAGUAGUAAUAUUGAACACUGCAAGAGUUCCUUUGGUGGACGAUUCGUUUUUCGUCGGUAAAAAGCAUACAGACAUAUUCGUCAAGGGUUGGUUAUGGGACACGAGUGAGUCCCAGAUUACAGAUAUACACUACACAUCAAUAAACGGAAGCGGUAAUUUCAACUGGAGAUUUAUUUUUCCAUUUUCAUACCUGAAACAAGAAAAAAGAAUGGUGAUUAGUAAAAAAGAUUUUUUUCGCGUCGGGAAAGCAGAAAGCAAAGUCCCUGCAUUACUCUAUCUUCAAGUAUGGGACAGUGAUCGAAUUUCUCCUGACGAUUUCAUCGGUGCAAUGGUUUUAGAGCUGUGUAAAAUGCCUCGUGGAGCUACUUCAGUAAGGAGUUGCAAACCAAAACGAUUUUUAUCCCCGUCACACACUGUUGACUUGUUUAAAGUGAAACGAUUGAAAGGUUGGUGGCCGUUCUUUCAAAUGUCAUCUGAUAUUGAGCCGAAGAACGCUGGUUUUCUUGAAGCGGAGUUUCAUUUACUAACAAAAGAAGAAGCACUUUUCAACCCUGCAGGAUUGGGUCGAGCUGCUCCAAACGCUUUGCCUGCUCCUCUGAGGCCGAGUGUUAAAAUCAAAUUCUGGCUCGCUCCAUUCCGUGCUGUGACACACUAUGUGUUUGGUGUUCACAAAGGGAAAUGCGCACUAUGUGUUGUUGUUACUGCUAUCGUGAUGUUUCUAUUGGUAGGAAUAUAUUCUGUUCCACUGUUUAUUGUAAAGCGGAUGAUGGAUGCGUGAGUUGAAAAGAAAAAGAACUACAAGUUCAAGUAAACAAGUGUGAUAUAUGGUUAAAAUUGUUGCUGAACUGAUUAUAGUGUAAUAGAAAUUAGUUUAUCAUUUAAAGCUAAU